AAAUUUUUAGGUUGCUCCUAUGAGAAUAUUUGUCGCCCCUUCAAAAUCACAUGAAUAUUUUGUGUUUCUGUUGUAAAUCUUAUCACUCAAGAUUAGAAAAUGGUUCGAAACUUCUAUCUAAGAACGGAAAGUUAGACCCAUACUAUAGUAGUAGAUCUGAAAUAGACCCUAGAAAUUUUAUAAUCACCGACAAGUGCGGUGGUAUAUACGGCAGAAUUUCGGGGGAAAUAAAUGGUCAGCAAUUUAUAAUCCAGAACUGUAAGAAUUCUUACAUUUACCUCUUGGAUCACUCAAUGACAAUCACUGUUGAUGACUGUUCAGAUUGUACUAUCGUGACAGGGCCUGUCAAGACCUGUUUUUUCAUAAGAGAUUGCCGACGUUGUACAGUAGCGACUGCAUGUCAACAAUUUCGGUCGAGGGAUUGUCAUGAUACACUUGUUUUCUUGGCUUGUUCAACAGAACCUAUCAUUGAAUCCUCCACAAAUUUCACUUUUGGUCCCUAUCAGUGUAGCUAUCCAGGUUUAGAAGAUCAUUUCGCUGCAUCUGGCCUCAGCAUAUUCAAUUGCAAUUGGUAUGAUAUCUAUGAUUUUACCCCGGAUGAAAAUACUGAUGCUGUCCAUAUUUCGCUACUAAAAACGACGGAUUCAAUAGAUAACCAUGUUUUAACACCACAAAAGGCAUUAGAACAUGAAAUUGAAAAUAACAAACUUGAAAAUGGAGAUGAUUCAAUGUCUCUUUUGCAACCGUUAAUGUCAAUUCCAUUAUCUUUUUCAACUGAUAACUCUGUUGUUCCUUAUACAAUUGGCAAUAAAUUAUUAAAUACUACAUUGUCUCAAUCUAAUAAUCAAAUAAUAGAAAAACAAUUCAAUAAAUCUGCUUUAAUUACAAUAUUUCCACAUGAGUUAGCUAUUCAAUCAGCUAAAAUAAUAUGUGAUUAUUUACGAAAAACUAAUUCUUGUACUAUUGUUCAAACUAGUUGUUCUCAAUUUUCUGAACAUGAAAUUGAACAAAUCUUCAAAUGUAACUCUAAAGUGUUUAGAUCAGGUAAUGUAAUCACAAUCGAAAUUACAGGAACCUCAAACACGCUGGAUACACUUAGUGAAGAAAUCAUGUCUAAAACAGAUAUUACGGUAUCCAGUAAAUUAUACAUUCAAAUUACUACAGAUUCAUUGGAGACAACAAGAAGAAUAAAUUUACUUAACGGUCUUCACAGAAUGCAUAUGAACGCAUGAUUCUUUAUUUAUCAUAUUAUUGGAUCGACUGAAGCACCAGUUUCCAUCGAUUUAUUUAAAGUACCUCAUUAUGUCGUUCUAAAGGAGAAUUGCUUAUUUGUUUAUUUAUUCAUUUUCAGUUAAAAAAUAAAAUUGUAUUCUAUGUAUUGAUAAAUGAAUAAAGCAAACAUAGAAUAUCGAUUACACCCAACUUAUUUUUCACCUGAAGCAUAAUUACAUGCAUAGUUUCUGUUUGUUUUUUUAAUUGUGAUAAAGAUAGUCAUAAGCAACAAUGUUAAAUAAAGAAGAGGAUUUCAGUAUCAGUCCCCACUUAUCCACCGGGAGUAACUAAAAAGAAACACAAUGAGAAGAGAAAUUUACUAUGAAAUUUCUUGGUUUCGUUUGCGAUUAUUAUUAUUGUACAUCGUUAACGUUUUUAUAUCAAAGAAGUAUCACUGCUGAACAAUGAAUGUUUUAUCAUUUCG